AUGUCGAACAGAGAAAAUGGUGAAUUAUAUUUUCAGUGUGAUUUUUUUCCUUCCUUUUCAGAUCCCAAGCCUGACAGUAAUAAAGCUGACACCUUUUCCAGCAUAUCAGGAUCAUUUAGUCUGGAUCCGAACCCAGACGAUGAGGAAGAGAAGCAGAGGUUGAUAGCUCAAGUGUUGGAAAGGCAAAACACUCUGGAUGAUCUGUCAUCUCGUGUGGACUCAGUCAAAGUGGAGAACCUCAAGCUGAAGUCGGAGAACCAGGUACUAGGACAGUACAUUGAGAACCUGAUGGCUGCCAGUAGUGUCUUCCAGUCAGCCUCGCCGAAAUCCAAGAAGAAGUAA